UGGCGAAGACGGUGGCCUAUCAAGACUGGAGUCGGGGUGAGUGGGGGGACGCUUUUCCCCUGCUGUUGCUGCUCUCUGCUGCUGGGCCCUGCCGGGGUCGCGAAAGGAGUUUGCAGCGACCUUCGCUUUCCCUGCGGGGAUCGGGAUCGUCCGUCCCCCCCCCCCCCGCCACCCGCUCCGAGCUACGUUGCUUCCCUCCGUCCUUUACGGGUUCCCCCAUGGAGACCGUCGCCCCCGUUGCUCCUGGCCCCGGAGCGGGACCGUUUCCCUCGCUUUUCCCACCGGGGCUACACGGGAUCUACGGCGAGUGCCGGAGACUAUACCCGGAGCAGCCCAACCCCCUGCAGGUCACGGCGAUUCUCAAAUACUGGUUAGGUGGACCGGAUCCUCUGGACUAUGUUAGCAUGUACAGGAAUUUGGGAAGUCCAAAUCAAAAUGUUCCUGAGCACUGGCAUUAUGUAAGCUUUGGACUAAGUGACUUGUAUGGUGAUAACAGAGUGCACGAGUUUACUGGACCAGAUGGGCCAAGUGGUUUUGGAUUUGAGCUGACAUUUCGACUUAAGCGUGAAACUGGAGAAUCUGCACCACCCACUUGGCCAGCAGAGUUAAUGCAAGGCUUAGCCAGAUAUGUCUUCCAAUCAGAAAAUACAUUCUGUAGUGGUGACCAUGUAUCAUGGCAUAGUCCAUUGGACAACAGUGAGUCUAGAAUCCAACAUAUGCUCCUGACUGAAGAUCCACAAAUGCAGCCAGUUCAGACACCAUUUGGAAUUGUAACAUUUCUCCAGAUUGUUGGAGUAUGUACAGAAGAGCUUCAUGCAGCACAGCAGUGGAAUGGGCAGGGUAUAUUAGAAUUGCUUCGGACUGUUCCUGUAGCAGGAGGUCCAUGGUUAAUCACAGAUAUGCGACGUGGGGAAACAAUAUUCGAAAUAGAUCCACAUCUGCAACAGGACCGAGUUGAUAAAGGUAUUGAAACAGAUGGCUCAAAUCUAAGCGGUGUGAGUGCAAAAUGUGCCUGGGAUGACCUUAGCCGGCCACCAGAGGACGAUGAAGACAGCAGAAGUAUCUGCAUUGGUACGCAUCCUCGACGAUUGUCUGGAAAAGACACAGAACAAAUUCGAGAAACUCUACGAAGGGGACUAGAGAUUAACAGCAAGCCAAUUUUGCCACCAAUUAAUACUCAGAGGCAGAAUGGAUUGAACAGUGACCGAGCACCGAGUCGUAAGGACAGUUUAGAAAGUGACAGCUCAGCAGCAAUCAUUCCUCAUGAACUGAUUCGCACAAGACAGCUUGAGAGUGUGCACCUAAAAUUCAACCAGGAAUCAGGAGCAUUAAUUCCACUUUGCUUAAGAGGCAGAUUAUUACAUGGUCGGCACUUUACAUACAAAAGUAUUACAGGAGAUACAGCAAUCACUUUUGUAUCUACAGGAGUUGAAGGGGCCUUUGCUACAGAGGAGCAUCCAUAUGCAGCACAUGGACCCUGGUUACAGAUCUUACUUACAGAAGAGUUUGUGGAAAGAAUGCUGGAAGAACUAGACGAUCUGAGUUCUCCAGAAGAAUUCAAGCUUCCAAAGGAAUAUAGUUGGCCUGAAAAGAAAUUAAAAGUCUCCAUCUUACCUGAUGCUGUAUUUGACAACCUACUCCAUUAAAGACAGCCCACAAGCAGCAGCUCACUGUUUAUUGCCCAAGGACUAAUGGGAGCAUUGAGUAGAAUAAAAGGUGGUUCUGACAAUGUUGCUGCAUAACUGCAGCAGAAGAGAAGUUGCUCAACCACUGUUCAGCCAGAAAUGUUCAUGAUUUUUCUGGGUUUUUUCCUUUUUCAUCAUGGCUGAACUCUGAGUAUCUGCAUAUGAAAGAGUACAAGAGUUAGACAGAGAAAGAAGUAUUCCAUUAUGAGUAGCAGCUGUAAUACAUCUUUCACUAUUUUAACUGGCUCUAAAACUGCCUGUUGCCAUCUUAGUUCAGGGUUUAUAUUCCUCAUCUGCAUUUAUUGUACAUAUUUUUCACCUGUAAGCACAUAAUUAUUAAUUUGAUGUUUUCCAUAAUGCCAAACUACUUUUGUUAGCCAGGCUUCUCCUUGGCAGAAUUAUUCCUUUAAUACAAGUUCCAGAAACAAAGUGGGAUUCCCUACAUGUAUUGAGAGUAAAUAGAGUAAAAAUUACUCUAUUAUCUUGGCCCCAAGCAUUUCUUAUGGUUAAGGUGCAGUGAAAUUGGGCAGGUGGGUUUGGUCUCUUAGCUCAGAUUAAUUGAGUGUAGCUGAAUUUUAGAACCCAACAUUUUUGCCCUAUAAUAAAGAGCCUUUCAUUUGCUAACAGAUUAACAGAUUUAGAAAGAAACCUAGCUGUAAUUCAGCUGGACUUAUUUCUAAAUAAAUGUAUGUUAAAUUAUAAGUUUUUAUAUAUUACUUUAAGAAUGUUUGGAGACAAUAAGCCCCCCCCCCAACCUUUUUCAGACACUUUAAUCGAUAAGAUAGCCCUAAAUUAUUGGAUUAUAAAGCAUAUUAAAUAAUCACUCUUAUUUCAUUUACUGAUGAUCAAGCAAGAAAUAUGAGUGAUUAAUUUUAUAUGCUUUUCUCAUUGUAUUCACUGAGCUAUAAAAUGAGUUAAUGGCUUGUCUUAUUUGUAUUAGCACUGUUAGCACUUCUGUUUUUAUGAAAAUUCCUGAUGCUGCACUGUUUCUGAAAAAUUUCCACCAACUCUCUUUGUUUCAGGUCCUAGAGGUGCCAAGAUAUCUUAUAUCAGCUUUGGAACAAAGCAGUUUAUAAAACAUUUAAGUUUUAUUAAAACCAUCUUCUCACUUUUUAUUAAUGUAAUAGAAAGCCUUGAAUUUGCUCUGUUGAGUAUUGAUUGAAUCGGGCUUCUCCAGAAAUUGUAAUUCAUAUAGAAGUCUAAAUUGUUCCCUAACCCUUGGGCGCAACGCACCACCGGCCCAUGGCCUAUUCUGAAUUGAGCUAUGCAAGCGGCUGGCCGGAGUAUGUGUGUGUAUGCGCAACAACUUGCGUGAAUAGCAGGCUGGCAGGCAUUUACCCACAUGUGCACCAGCCCGCUGCUCACACAAGUCAAGCUGCGCGCUGGCCCACCACUUAUGCAAAGCCUAUGUGCACAUGCCAGGUCGCCCCAAGCCAGACUAGCAAGCCACAAAGGUUGGGGACUGCUGUUUUACAAUCUACAAAUUUUCAGUGGUCUCCAUCUGCAAUUCAAAGGCUAGGUUAGAAUCACAUUGGACAAAAAAGGAGAAACUUUUUUACGCAAUGACAUUUUGGGAAAAGAGAGAAAAAUAUACAUUAAACAUGAGCUAGGUUUUAUGCAUUGUGAAAUACUGCAUUGUCAGUACACUUUUUGGAUACUAUGAUGUACUAACCUGUUCUGAUAUUAGAGAUGAUAAAUCAAGAAGGCUUUGGAAUCUGUAACAUAAGUGAGAGUCUUUUGGAGAGCCUAGUUCAUACUUCAUUUUGAGUAGAUAUUGAAAUAAAAUUAACAAUGUUAAAUUAAUAAUAGAAGAUUGCAAAGAUGUUCAGAGUUAACUGUAAAAUUCUCUGGAGAAAAUGCACAUGGGCGAUGUUCACAUAUACUGUGCAGCCAAGAUCACUAACCAUUAUUUGUUGAACAAGCCAGAGUCAAUUGUCUGGGAAAGCAGAGUGACUGUGACUGAUCAAGUUCUUAUUUUCCCUCUAUUUCUUCUAUCAAUCAGGUGAUAUUUCAUAAUAUCCUUAGCAAAAGUUAAAGAACAAGGUUGUUUGUUUGUUUGCAGGAAGAUUUGCUCUAUAAUUUGCUCUCUAAUUAAGCAAGUUGUAGCCCCAGGGCCAAGUGUGGUGCCCAGAUCUUUUGAUAGCCCUCAGAUCUUCAUCCAGCUACACUGCAAAUAUUGGCAGUACAAAUGAUGAAAAUUGCUAGCAUGGUUUUCCAUAAUUUUAUGACAAAAUAUUCAUUAAAAUUAGCAUAUGAUCUGUAACACACAAUACAUUUUUUAAAAAAAAUCUUCUGCAAAAUCCUGAAAAUUCUACUUCUGUUCAUUUAUCUGGGAGCCCCAUCCACUCCAAGAAAUAGGUAUAACUUCUAUCCUCAAAAAGGAUUGUCUUGGGGAUUUGGGGAUUAUUGUUAUUUUGGCUGUGUAAGGUUGAUGGAAUUGGCUUUAUUUUUUUGUUGUUGGUUUUGUUAGAUGUACACUAUAUUAGGUUUUUAAAAAAUAAUUUGUAGAGUUUAGAGAGCAAUUGUGUUAUGUGUAGGUUUGGUUUUGCCUGUGUUUGUUGUCUGAGUAUGGUUAGUUUUAUUUCUGUGAAAUCGGUAUUUUGUUGAAAUGUGUAUGCUUUGCUUUGGCAUUGGGAAGCAAUUCCCUAUCCUUUCAGGGAGGAGUUAGGCAUAGGGAAAAAUAGCCUGAGUGGCAGAAAUGCUGAGUAGUUUUUCCCUCAACUAUAAUUUUAUUUUGUUUCUGAAGGAAUUGAAGUGGAAAGCUAUUCCUUAAUUUUUAUGCUUCAAACUGUAAUUGGAUCUUACACCAUUGAAAUGCUUGUAUAUGGAAAGAAAAGUGAUCCCUGUUGGUAGAAAACAGGUAUUCUAGAGAAAUGAUUAAGCUAGAGAGAGCCUUUCCUACAAGAUCUAAUUUAUUAUAUAUAAAUAUUAUGUGUGUGUGCCGCACACACAUGUUUUAAUUUUAAAAGGACCAGUUGACCUGGAGAAAUGUUCCAACUAAUUCAGUAUCUUGUUUUUUCACAUUUGUCUUUGAGAAUCUCAUAGGUCAAGAUAUAGCAAUAGCAUCCUCUUCACUUCUGAGGACUUAAUACUAAGACACAUAGCUAAGAUGAUAAAUAAUUGUUUUGAUUGUUGUCAUGCUGUUGUGGGCUCUCGGGAAUUCUUUCCUUCAUAUAAAUUAGUUUAUGUAUAGAGUUUAUUUGGAAAUAUAUUCAUUACUGUAAUGGGGAAGUGUUAGUCACAACUGUCUCAUUGAUUUCUCUCUCUCUAGUUAGGUAACCCUCAGUUUGUUUUCUUUAAAGAUGAAUAAAAGGAGGCAGAAUCAGUAUACUGUGAAAUGCUAAACUGGAAUUUUAAAACCAUUGUGAAUUUCUCAUGAAGGAUCUACAAUUUAUAGUUAAAUAGUGUCUCUCAUAGGAUUUUCUGCAAGAUCCUAGUGUUUCCUGCAUGAGUAUUCAUUUUGGAGGGCAGAACUGACCCAAAGUAUAUUUUUAAAUGACUUGUCUUGUUGGAUUUCCAGAGAGUGCAUUCAGUUUUUUUUUAUCUACUUGAAUGCAAGCACAAGUUACUGGCUUGGCAAAUCAAAGGUAUGGUGCUUUUAUGUAUUUUUGUUUAAUCAAUUACAAUUUAUGACUGUUCUAGUCAGAUCUCUAAGGGGCAUAAUAGAACAGAAUUUGGUCUCUCCUCCAACUCUUCAUGGGCAGAUACUCACACUGUGGCUAGUUAUGCUGACUUUUUAUUUUUUCUUAACAUAAGGUAAGAAGAGUUUGCUUUGCACUCUUGUUCUUUGCUUGCUAGUUCCUGAAGUGUUUUACCGGAAAUAGAAGCUUUGGCUGCUCUUCAGUUGGUUUGCACCUGCUACUUAAUCCCUUCAGCACCUGGAGCAGUAAAUACCCUUCCUGGCUUGCCACAACAAUUAUUAACUUUUAGUGCAGCUGUUGCACUAGUCAUAUGCCAGGAUAAUGCUAACACAGCCACCAGACCAUUCCAGAGUGUUUAACUAUCUAACUAUGAAAAAAAAAUUCUGUAAGUUAGUUAUCAUACAAGCUAUGAAUAUAAUAGAGAUUUGAAGCUAUUGCACAUGUUGUACGUUCUGGCCUAUCACCUGUUUUGCUCAGAAGCUGAAUCCCACAAAAGCACUAAAGAUUUUUGUAACGCAAAAAAGGAAAAGGUUCAAAAUAUAAACAGAUUGUAUUUUAAAAUAGAUCAUUUAAAUAUACAGUCCUAUCACAGACAACAUUUUAAACACAUUUAAAAUCGAGGAUAAGCUAUUUGAAAUAUGGUAGAAGAGCAAAAAAGGAAGAAAGUCAUUGUUCAUUGCAGAAUUAAAAAAGAGAAGCUGGUCUUACCUGAAGAAGACAAAAGACAUAAAUAUUUGCAUAGCUAUUACAUUAAAACCUACAUCUAUAUCUCUUUAUAGUUUAUAUAAAUGUGUACAUCUUGAGUUUCAUGUUUCCCUUUUGUCAGAUUGUGGUUAGGCAAAAGUAAGAUACAAACCUUUGAAGCCUCUGCAGGAUAUUUUGCAUUUCAGUCUGAUCAUCAGUGCAGAAUUAGAAGUGAAAGCGACUUCUAUGGCAGAUUAAAAAAGGAUUGCACUGUCAUUCCAUUGCAUUUUCUUCUUCCAAUAGUAGGGACAUAAUCACCACAUGCUUCAUAUAACCCCUUUUGCAUAUGAUCCCUGUGCAUAAGGGAAGUAAGGAAUCAGGGAACUAUUCUAUUUACAUAAGCAUUGUAAUGGCUCGAGACAAAAAUAAUACCCACGACUACCAUUGUUGCAGUUUUUAGGAAAAGAAAUAAUGCCCUCCAUCUUUAGUAGCCCUGUGGCAUUUCAUUUUCCACUUAACCUGUGUCCUUUUCUGCUAGACAUCUUGAAUGUCAAAAUUAGUACUGUCUGAUAUAAAUUUAUAAGGACCCCAGACUGACCCAUUCCUUAAUUAACUUGUCAAUAUUAGGUAUUAUGUUUCAAAUAUAUUUUUCCUUUCUCAAAUUGCUUAACUAUAAUAUGAGAGCUUUUAAGCUUUCUAUUGUUUUUCCCACAACAUGUUUGUUAUUUUUAGCCAAUCAGUUUCCUAUAUUGCAAAUAUUUUGAAAGAAAUUCUCCUCAUUUAAAGAAUUACAAUAUAAUGGUAGCGAGUUCCAGACGAAAUGAGGGAAUCACAUGUUUAAACUCUUUCUUCAACUAUAUUUUCUUUUCAGAAAUUGUUUUAAGACUUUGUUGCCAGCUAAUUGUUGUGGUAACCUCUGUAGUCCUUAUUUUCCUUUUCAGGGCAAAAUUACAGCUUUCUUCUGUUAGACUCUUGUGAUAUAAAUCUUCAAUGAACAGAAGAAGGGGAUUCUGUGAUCUGUGUUCAGAGUAUAUACUGUAUUAUAAUAUGAGCACUGUGGUUAAUACAGAUGGCUGUUGUGGGCCCUCGCUGAUAAGAAGAUGCAGGAGCACGCAAGUUUGUUGCUGGACCUUUUAAUUCUAGUUUAAGAUGAACUAACUUUCUUACCAGUUUUAUCUUAUCUUAGAGAGAGAAAAACCUAUUUAAGUAAUUUUAAAAUGUAUGAAAAAGCUCAAAAAUUUAACGGUACUUUUAUGAACAAUGCUGCCCAUGACGUAGCUUUUCUGGAGCUGUAUUUAAUAGUAGCAAAGAUCAAUGGUGUGUAUCUAUAUAUGCGCUUGCGAACAUGUAUGCAAAUACAUGCACAGUUUAAUCUAGUUUAAGGACAUAAAAUUGGUAUUCAGAGUAGCAGUUCUGAAUUCUACUGCAGCUGAAAACAGCACAUGAGAGUUAAAAGUUUGAAUUGAGGUAGUAUCACACUUCAAAUGAAAAGAAGUAGCUUUCCUUUUUGAAUGGUUUUUAUCUCAACAGGAACUAGAGUUCUCUAUUCAGCAGAGGACUUGCUAACUUUUUUUUUCUUUUUGAAGGGAGAAGAGCUCUUGUGGGGUGUUAGUUUUAUAUUUCAGAUGGCUGUACUGUAGUUCUAGGAAGCUUUAAACAAAUUGAAAUAUACUUUUGGAGAAAUUAAUCCUUAUACUUGUUCAGAUGCUAAUUCUGACUGCUGAAGCUGUUUUGAAAAGCUUCAGCUGAGAUGAACCUUUUUGUAGUUCAUCUGUGUGUGUGUGUGUACACAUAUGCGUGGGGAGGUGUGUGUGUGUGUGUGUGUGUGUGUGUGUGUGUGCAUUUCUCUACAAAUAUAUUAGAGUUACUGCAGAAACUGACUGAAAACCGUUUUCUUCUCCUGCAGUAAUAUUUCAAUAUUUUAGUAUACCCUUUUUCUACCAAAAAAAGCAAUGAAAACCGAAACUAGCAGUUUUUAAAAUAUUUUAUAUUAGUUUGUAAUGUAUAUUCUUACAUUAUCACAGUGCUGGUAUGAACUACCUUUUUGUAAUAUUUUGUGAAUCACAAAGCUUUUGUUUCCCUUCUGUGUAUUCAAAGUACAUUAAACCUGUUUGCAUAUUG